UGUCCUUGGUAAACAGCUGAUAUGUUAAUUGUUUCUUUUGCUAUCGCGUCAUUUUGUUGACUUUGUGUUUUUAUUUUGAUUUCAUUGUGCUAAAUGCUUUUUUCUGCCUUUGUCUAAAAUCGAAACGCAAGUUGAAACAAUAAUAUAAAUAAAUACAAGUGAGUCAUUUCACCACAUAUUAUCAGUAGAGUCUGCGAGUUUAUUUAAAUAACAACGCAAAGAAAUAGCUGCAGAUCAAUCUUCAACGUUGGAACUAACUGCACAAAUAAAUAAAAAUGUCGCUCGUUUCGGAUCAAGAAUGGGAGGAGUACAAGUCCAAGUUCAAUAAAGUUUACACUGACGCUGAAGAGGAUAAUAUGCGUCGUGAGCGCUUUGUAAAAUCUAAGCAGACAGUGGAGGAGCACAAUAAGAAAUAUGAGAAUGGCGAGGUUACUUGGAAGAUGGCUACAAAUCAUUUGUCUGAUUUAACUGAAGAAGAGUAUGCUAAGCGCUGUGGCAAAAAGGUGACGCCACCGACAAGCACAUAAAUUUUAUUCCGACUGGACUGUAAAUUUUAUUCCGAUUUUAUUGCAUUUAAGGUAUCGUAACAUCCGUCUUUUAUGUAGGAAGUGUUUAGUUUUUGUACGAUGGAUAAAACAUCCAUAUGUAUGUGUAUCUAAUAAAUAUUUGAUUUCGUAUA